UAUUUUGGAGGCAGCAGCAGGAGGCGACACUGAGCUCAGGUCAAUUCAGCAGCUGGCGUUUGCUCAGCGCUGGAAGUUAGCGUGGACUCUCUCUGGGGUAAAUGUCGGUGUUUUUGUGGACUCACUGUCUUGACACCCUCGCUGCGAUUAUAUAACCUCGGACAGGCUGCUCAGCCCUCAGAACUCGCUCGCACAGCGUCGCACAGAUGGGUGAAGAGAAGAAAAGCUCCGAGGGAGUGAAAUACUACAGACUGGCAGAGAUAGAGAAGCAGAACUCCUUCAAAUCGACGUGGAUCAUCAUCCACAACAAAGUCUACGAUGUGACCAAGUUUCUGGAGGAGCACCCCGGAGGAGAGGAGGUGCUGAGGGAGCAGGCGGGAGGAAACGCCACGGAGAGCUUCGAGGACGUCGGACACUCCACCGACGCCCGAGAGAUGGCCAGCAGCAUGGUGAUCGGAGAGGUGCACCCGGUGAGUGUUUAUUGUAAACAGCGAUGUAGCCACGGGACUGACUCUUUUUGUGUUUUACAGGAAACACUGGUGACCACUGUGAAGGAAGAGCCCAGCUGGUGGUCGAACAUGCUGGUCCCCGCUCUGGUUGCAGUCAUCGUCACGGUGAUAUACAACAUGUACUCCUCUGAGUGAUGUCAUCACACACUGAUGUGAUGUCACCAGCAAGCACCGACGUCUGAUUGACAGCCAAUAGCAGUGAGAGGUUGCCAUGGCUCCUCCUCCCAGCGUUGGGUGGCGUUUUUAGAGCAGACGAGCGGCGGCUGCGGACCACCUGACCAAAUAGACACACCCCCGCAGAAGCGUCUGUUCUAGGAUCACCAACUCUACGCCAGUAAUGACCCUGUAAUUCAUUUCAUCCUGAUUAACCUAUCAACCAAUGACGUGGCAUUAUGUUAAUGAAGUAAUUUACAUUGUUGAAUUCACCGUGACAACGGGCGCCGCAGCGAAUCCUCAUCCUCUGAAAUUGUGUAGAAAUGCAGCGGGUGUAUAAUUUGUUAAACUUUUUAUAUGUUUGUAACCGAAUGUAAAUAAAAAUUGAAACAUGCAGUCA